CAUGACGUUCAAAGCAGUUUCGAUAGCCUUUGUGCUAGCAGUAGCUCAGGUAUCAGCUUCUCCCCUAACAAAUCCAGGACCUGCCAAGAACUCCACCUCGGACAUUUCAGUCCGAGCCGGCUUCGCCAACUCGUACCAGCGCUACUUUGUCUACAACGACGAAGAGCUGACCUUCUUCGAGGCCUGGCACAAGUGCCGUGCGCACGGACUCCGGCUGGCCUCAGUCCGCUCGGCCCUGGAUGACGCGAAGCUGCUGGUGGCACUCGCCCAGAAGGACAUCAACCAGCCGGGACCGUGGUGGAUCGCCGGGACGGAUAUGGGCCAGUCUGGAAGCUUCGUGUGGAUCACCGGUAACAUGCGGAUUGACGGGCGGAGAGGUUAUACGAACUUUGCCCCGGGAGAACCGAAUAACGCGGGUGGUAACGAGCAUUGCUUGGAGGUGGGAUGGACAGUUGGAACGCUGUGGAACGAUUGCGAUUGCGACCUGAAAAAGAGGUACAUCUGCGAGUUGGAUAGUUGUGACUGUUGACUGAGUUGGGAAUAAACAUAUUUUAUAUAAUUGCA